AUGGCGCUCUGGGUCCGCGUGCGCGCCCUGCAGGGCGACCGAGCCAGGGGCGACAAGCUCAUCAGGGCCGACUUCAGAGGCGUCUCUCAUUAUUCGAAAGUCUUUGAGGACAACGUAGAAACGGUCGCCUUAGAUCAGCACUUCGAGUGGCCACUAGCGCGCGCGGCGGAGGCGGGCGAGGCGGUGACUCUGACGCUGCUGCAGCACAGCCGCUACUUCGGCCGCGAGCGCGCGCUCGGCGCCUACAGCCUGCUGCUGCAGCAGGUGCUGCGCGACGGCCGCCUCGCGCUCUGCGACACCAUGCUCGACUCCAACAACAAGCCGCUGCCCACCCGCAUCUCGUUCGAGAUCGCGUACACGCCACCAGGCGGCGCGGAAGUGGCAGGAGACGCCGUCUUCGACGCGCUAGACGACGACCAGCAGAUGCUAAUCGACAUCGAGCAGAACAUCGCCAACCUGGAGCGCAACCUCCAGCUGGUCGGCCGGCGCGGCUCCUGGCAGUCAGACGACGGCGGCGGGGGCGGCGGAGGCGGCUACCGCCAUGUGAUCCAGAGAAGCAACUUCGCUCUACCGCCAUCUGCCGGUGUACUCACUGAUGUCAAUCAUUCUACAGGAACUCCACUGUGCAGUCCAGCAUCAGAUUCGAUGGAUCCGGAGUCAAACUAG